AGAAUUCUAGGUAUUCACCUGGCAUCUUGUGAGAACCCAAGGUGGCUCAUUAAAUAGCAGAAAUCACCCAAAUGCCUCAUGAGCUGAACAUACUGAAAUCAUGGUAAUAAAUGCCAACGUCAUGAUGUGCCUUGCCCUCUCCUUUCAGGUGGGUGGCUCAUGCUCUUUGCCAUCAUGCUGAGGCUGGUGGCAGCUUGUCCUGCGUCAUGCGUGGUGUGCACCAGAGAUGUAACCCUCUGUCAACAGCUAAACUAUAUAGUAGCAGCCCCUGUGACCACGAAGGUUUUAAUCAUCACUGAUGGAUACCUCUCCUCUCUAGAGAGCACAAAUCUAUCCCUCUUGUUUAAUCUUGCCUUGCUCUCCUUGAGCAGAAAUGGCAUCACGGACGUUCAGGAAGAUGCCUUGCAUGGCCUCUCAGAGUUGCGGACACUGUUGCUGGAGCACAACCAAAUAUCCAGCUCUUCGCUUACUGAUCUCACCUUCAGCAAGCUUCACAGUCUGCAGGUGCUCGUGCUUAGCAAUAAUGCUCUGCAUACCCUGCGGGGGUCCUGGUUCCGGAACACCAAGGGCCUGACCCGGCUCCACCUGGACGGGAAUCAGAUCACUAACCUGACAGGCACUUCUUUCGGAGGCAUGAAGCUGCACAGUCUUAGGCAUCUGGAUUUAUCUAACAAUUUUAUUUCCUACAUUGGUAAAGAUGCUUUUCAGCCCUUUCCUCAACUACAGGAAGUGGACCUCUCUCGAAAUAGGUUGGCCCACAUGCCAGAUAUUUUCACUCCACUGAAGCAGCUAAUCCUUCUGAGUUUAGAUAAGAACCAGUGGAGCUGCUCUUGUGAUCUCUACCCCCUUGCCCGGUUUUUAAGAAACUAUGUUAAGUCUUCGGCUCGCAUGCUCCGGAAUGCCCAGGACCUAAGUUGUCAGCCAUCUGCUGCGGCUGUGGCCACCGCAAAGAGUGUGCUAAAGCUGUCUGAGACCAACUGUGACUCCAAGGUCUCCAACUUCACUCUGGUUUUAAAGAACAGAAGUCCCCUCGUCCCGGGGCAGGAUGUGGCCCUGCUGACCGUCCUUGGCUUUGCAGGAGCUGUUGGUCUCACUUGCCUAGGUUUAGUUGUAUUUAACUGGAAACUCCAACAAGGCAGAGCAAAUGAACACACAUCAGAAAAUCUUUGUUGCAGAACCUUCGAUGAAUCCCUGUGUGCUCAUGAGGCAAGAAAUUACUACGCUAAGGGAUACUGUAACUGCCACUUAACUCAGGAAAACGAGAUAAAGGUCAUGUCCAUUGUGGGGUCCAGAAAGGAAAUGCCACUUUUACAGGGAAACAGCCAUCAAGCAGCCCUGGCCUCUGAGUCCACAGCCCCUGACGGAUCAUUUAGAAACCUGAAAGGUAAAGACCAUGGUGCAGACAGCACUUUCUUCUGCUUUGGUGGCAGAUUGCUGCAGUCAGGAUGUUCAGAGCCUCCUGGGAAUAUGGCAGCUUUUAAUGAAGCAGGCUUACUUACAAGACAUUGUCCAAAGAGAGUUAAAGAGCUAAGGAAUCAUGAGCCUGGGGAAGUCCAACCUCAAACUUUGCCACAGCAUGUAACAAGAACAAUAGAUAUCAACAAUGACACAUUCAGGAGGAGAUAUGCAACAUCCGCUUCAGUAUUGGCAAGAGAAAGUCUUGAAAAGCAUUUAACAAAUGAAUCAUGGCAGCCUCCAGUAGAAAAAAAAGACAAUGGCUUACAACCUCACAGGCAGAGACAUUUUAUUACAGGUUCAUCAUCCCAGCCUUGUGAGCCUGAGGAACACUGUGUACAACAGAUCUUACAAAAACAUAGAUCAAAAUAUGAUGAUCUUUGUGGACCGUUAAAACGGAGCAGGCCUAGCUAUUUUCAGCCAAACAAUUCUCUUAUCUGUAAGUAUGUGCCCUGUGAUCAAUUUCAAGAUUAUGUGAAAGAAAAGAAGCCAAAUCGUCAAGAACGUUCAAAGGCCAAGAAAGAGCAGAUCCAAAUUAACAGUGCAAUAGAAAAAUUCCUUAUGAGGGAGGACAGCACAGAGUUAUCAAGGUUAUCAACAAAAAUCAAGAAAACAUAUUCCCCUAAGAGGGUUAGCUUCUGUGAUCCUGAUUUAGUAGAAAAAAAUCGUCUGAUGAUGUCAUCUAAAACAUCAACCCACUGGAAACAGCAGAAAAAUCAAAGUAGCCACCUGACCAAGUUAGAUCUCAAAAAAUGUGGCAAUCCUCAGGAGGGAAACAAAGGAGGAAAAUGGUCUACUGAUCCACAGAUUCCGAAAAAGAAGAGAACCAGUCAAUCUGACCUCAAAGGGAAAAUUAAAAAACAAAAUUCAAGGAUAAAAUUAAACUCACACCCUUUCAGAAAAGUCAAAGUCCAUCCAGAAAAAUCGUUGUCAGAACUCCCAAAGAAAUUCAAACAGGUAUCCUUACUACCGCAUAAAUUACCUAAAGCUUCUCAGAAAGAAGCUGAUAUAAACCUUGUGUCCUCUGCAGAUUUUCCCCAACAGCCAGUGAGUAACAACAACUAUGAUAAACUCAUUUCAAAGAGCAUUCCUCUCAAACAUGCUCCAAAGCAGACCCUGUAUUACCAACAAGACACUAAAAAGACUCCUCCGCUCAGUGCUAAUGACUUACCUGUAGUCACCCAGAGAUCCAGGGAAAGCAACUGUCACCCUAAUGGCCUCAUUCCUGAUAGCAAUGCAUCAACACAGCCUCUACCCACACCGGUCAUAGCUGAACACAGGCAGGCAAGCUCUCAAUUUUCAAAUGAGCAAGUGGAAGGGGCAACAGAGCCCACUGAGCACAGGGAGCAGGACGAAUCCAAGAUCAUUGAGGCAAAUCAGUUUUCUUUGUCCCUGGGGAAUCAAACACAACUUGUAGUUGGCCACAAAAUGGACACCAAUAAAGAACAUACCUUAAAUCAAAAUGAAACCUUGAAACAUGUAGAGCAACACUCAAGUCACACACAACUUGGAAAUGAGGAAAAAAUGUUGAUGACCAAAUGGAAAAUAUCACAUCAAACUGUGGAACGUUAUAUCACGGAUGAGGGAAAUGCUGUAGGAAUAAAACCUCCUCAAAGAGAAACUGAUGAUUCCGCUCUCAUUUCCUCUGAGACACAAGCCACAGGCGACCUAACUUCGACGAAGACAAAUUCUAUUCCAUGCCAAAAUAGAACAGAGAUUCCCAAAGAUAUCAGUACUUCUCUUAGUACUCAAGCCAUUUGGAAUCCAACCAACAGUGACAAAAAAGAAAUUGAUAGCACAAAUGCAUUGCCCAGAGAUGAUGGCACUGAAACACUAGGGAUAAAAAUAUUAGGGAAAGAAGAGAAGCUGGAUGGAAACAAGGCAGAUUCUAGUACGUUAAUUAGGACUGCACAGUUGACCUUAAAAGGUAGUAGAAAAGAAAUGCAGCAAACUUGGGAAAAUGGAAAAAGUGAAAAACAUAUGUUGUAUGAUUCAAGCUCUGCUGAGGCUACUAUUACAGCUAAGGAUUUGAGUAUCACGUGUUCCCCGGAAGCUGAAAAUAGUCCUCGUAGCGAAAUAGAUUUCAGAAUUAACUGUAAUUUGCAAGAUUUCGGAGAAGUUCAAAAUAUUCAACCAGACAAAGAUGACAGAGCUCAUAAAGGAGGUGCAGUGGCAGUGCAGACACAUCUAGUGCUUUCCUCUUCACCAGAGUUAAAAGACAUGAGUUUUGAGACAAGAAAUAAAGUACCUCUAAUUCCUCGAAGAAUAAAUGAAGCUGGAAGCUCUGCUCCAAAACCUGCACUGUAUCCGCCAUCUGCUGAUUGUGCUAAUCCCUCACCUUUAGAGGCAGAACUCAACUAA